UGGAAUGCUGACAUCGUGGAAGAACAAGUCAGAGCAGUAUAAACAUGGUCGAAAGUGUGCAAUGUUGUGUUUGCUGGUUAAUUCUUGGCUUGUGGAGCAGUUCUUUUGUUUCACCUGCGCCACUGGACAACAGGGAUCACGUACAUACUGCUGAAGAGGCUAUUGGGAAGUUUUGGCAUGUAUCUGACUUGCAUUUGGACUCAACUUACCACCUCACAGAUGAUCACACCAAAGUUUGUUUCUCAUCUAAGGGUUUCCCAGCCAAGAACCCAGGGUUUUUGGGGGAUUUUAUGUGUGACUCACCUUAUCAGCUGAUUCAGUCAGCUUUUCAGCACAUGAAAGAUGUGGAUCAGCAACCAGCAUUUAUGAUUUGGACAGGGGACAGCCCUCCACAUGUUCCUGCAAAGGAGCUUUCCACUGAAAUUGUCAUAGAUGUUAUAAGCAACAUGACUCGUACCAUCCGAGAGUUCUUCCCAAGCCUUCAGGUUUACCCAGCCCUAGGCAACCAUGAUUAUUGGCCACAGGAUCAGCUCCCUGUGUCAACUAAUAAAAUUUACCAAGCAGUGGCUGAGCUUUGGAAGCCUUGGCUAACAACUGAAGCCCUCAGCACCUUGUCAGCAGGUGGUUUCUAUUCACAAAUUGUGAAGCCAAACCUAAGGCUAAUAAGCUUGAAUACCAUUCUGUACUACAGUCCAAACCAUGCGACUGAGAAUAUGACAGACCCUGCAGGACAGUUUGAGUGGCUCGAAGGAACAUUGGACACUUCUCAACAGACUAACGAAAAAGUGUACAUCAUUGCACAUGUCCCUGUUGGUUACCUGCCUUUUGCAAGAAAUACCACUGCAGUAAGAGAACACUUCAAUGAAAGACUCGUGAGCAUUUUCCGCAAAUACAGCAAUGUCAUAGCAGGUCACUUCUAUGGUCACACUCACAGAGACAGCAUAAUGGUCCUCUUGGAUGAGCAAGGGAAUGCUGUCAAUUCUUUGUUUGUGGCACCAGCUGUAACACCAAUCAUGGGAGUUUUGGAGUCUCAGUCUAAUAACCCUGGCUUUCGUUUAUACCAGUAUGACUCCAGUGAUUACAACUUACUGGACAUCUGGCAGUAUUACCUGAAUCUUACAGAAGCCAAUGAAGAAAAGAAACCUGACUGGAAACUGGAAUACAUCAUGACCAAAUUCUUUAAUAUUAAAGAUAUUCAGCCAAAGAGUUUAUAUGAGCUUGCACAGAGGUUUGAAAAACCACACAGUAAGGAGUUUCAGCAAUAUUUUAAUAAUUUCAUAGUAAGUUAUGACAACAGUAUUGUCUGUGAAGGAUUCUGUAAAGCAAAUCAAGUGUGCUCAAUACAGUUCUUAGACCAUGACUCGUAUUCAGCUUGUAUCAAGAGGGCAGACACACGACUAGAAUGGUUAUUACAGACCACAUAUAAGAGAGAACAAAAACAUACACAUGGUGUCAUUUAUUAAUGUUAUUGUUGCCAAAGAUUGUUGCAUUUUUUUGCUGAUAUGUUUUUUUUAAGAGGCUACAUCCUCACCUUUAAUUAUAGCCACACUAGAUUAGCAACAGGAUAUUGCUGUAGAACACAAAUACACAUCCUUACUGUUUUCUAUGACAAGAGUAUGCAACCCAUUUUGAAUGCAUAAACUAGGUACAUAACAAUUACAGGGCUUGGUGUAGUACAUCAUACCAGCUGUUAAGAAGCGAUGACAAACUUUAUUACUGCCACAGUGCUAUUCUACCAUGUAUCCAAUACUAUGUGAAAUCAGUAUAUGAACGUGCUGUUUGAUUGAUGUUCUUACAGUGCAAGACAAAAUACCUUUAAAUGCCAUUUAGAAAACAAGAUCAUUGCCAUAGCCAGCCACAGCUUUAUACUUCAGUUGUGUCAUUUACUGUCUUUUGACAGUUCACAAAGAGUUAUUGUCCAUCUUAAACAUUCCUUGUCAAUGUGUGUCCAUGCUUAACCCCCACACUUUAGUCACAGACUGAAAUAAUAACUUUCCUUGAGUUCAAGUUCAGUACCGUUUGUAUUUAGAGUUAAUUAAACUGAUACUACAAUUGUCUGUGUUAUGCUGGGAAUAGCUAUUUUGAACCUUGCAUUUUUUAAGAGGGAUUCUUUUUGCUUUAGAUAAAUAUAUUGAUAUACUUUUCAGAUUAUUUCUAUGACAAUCUUCUUUUUAAAAGGUACAGUAGGAAGAAGGAUGACCUUUAUAAUCAUACAAUGAGCUUGAUACCGCAUACUGUAUCUCAUUUUAAUGUUCUUUUUUUAAUAAACAAAAUAAUUUUAUUGUU